GUAGAACUGUAAAGAAAGCACAACGUUUCCCUGUCAAUUAUCCUGGUACCAAUUUUUCUGUUUUUCCUGGAAAUGUGUUCAGUACAGUGUUCCUAACAAGGUUUACAUGAAUAAUCUCAGGAAUGAUCGGCUUUAUGUGUGAGGAGCAUUUGAUGGUUCUGGACCUGUGCUCGAUGGAGUUCAGAGGGACGGUUGGGGUGGUGGAGGGAUGUAUGGUUAAUAAACCUACCGAAUGCUGAAAAGCCUGGAUACAGUGGACAUGGAGAGGAUGUUUCCAUUAGACGGAGAGUCUGUGAUCUGACAGCACAGUCUCAGAAUAAAGAUGCUUCCCCUUAAAACUCAGAUGAGAAACAUUUAUGGCCAGAAGAUGUCUGAUCUGUGGAAUUUGUUGCCACAGAGGUUGGUUGAAGCUGCCAUUUGGGUAUACAUAUGACAGAGUUUAACAUACUGAUGAUUGCUGAGCAGCUCAGGGUUACAGGAGGAAGGCAGGAAUGUGGUGUUGGAAUGAAAAUCAGCCAUGGUUAAAUGGUGGGGCAGACCAGUUGGACCAAAUCACCUGAUUCUGUUCCUGUGUCUUGUGUCUUACCGUGACUGGAUGAUGGAUCCUUCUUAUCCCGUAUCGUCUGUGAGAUGUGAGGGACAAUAAAAGAUUGUUUACUGAGGUCAUUACAUCUGCCUUCAGUGUUUAAAUCUCAGUGAGUUUUGUUCUUAGUAACAUUACACAGAAAUGUUUAGUUCUCCUUUUCAUUAUUAAUGUGCUUCAUUGUCUCUCUGGUUAAAGUUAGACCUGUGGUGAGAGAUUUAUUUGAAGAAAAACCCCAACUGGAGGCAAACCACGACUGAAGAUGAGGGAGCAGCAACAAGUGAACCAGCCCGAGGACUGAGAGCACCGACUGGAGAGAACCCAUCUGACUCGGAGAUUCCAGUGAUUCAGUCAGGAGAAAGUUUGGUUAAAAUUGACAAGGAAUUUGUCUAUGGGAAUUCAAACGCAACACACCAGUUGUGCUGUCGCUGUCUAGAUAUUUAAGGAGCAAGGGAUUCAAUCAGCCAUCCUUCCUGCUCAGACUGUGGGGAGGGAUUCACUCGGUCAUCUGACCAACUGACACGUCUGUCAUUUUACACAGGGGAGAGACCGUUCUCCUGCUCAGACAGUGGGAAUGGAUUCACUCGGUAAUCUCAACUGAAGGUUCACACUGGGCAAGGCCAUUCAUCUAUUCUGUGUGUGGGAAGGGAUUCAGUUGGUCUUCCCACCUGUGGACACACCAGUCAGUUCACACUGGGCAGAGGCUGGUCAUCUGCUGAAUUUGUGGGGAAGGAUUCACUCGGUUAUCUGAUCUAAUGGCUCACCAGCGCGUUCACACUGGGGAGAGGCCGUUCACCUGCUCAGACUGUGGGAAGAGAUUCACUCGAUCAUCUGACCUGCUGGCGCACCGACGUGUUCACACUGGAGAGAGGCCAUUCACCUGCUCAGACUGUGGGAAGGGAUGCAGUCAGUUAUCUGCACUGAAGGUACAUCAGCGAGUUCACACUGGAGAGAGGCCGUUCACCUGCUCAGAUUGUGGGAAGAGAUUUACUCAGUUAUCCAACCUACAGAGUCACCAGCGAGUUCACACUGGAGAGAGGCCAUUCAUCUGCUCAGAAUGUGGGAUGGGAUUUGCUCAGUCAUCUCACCUCCUGAGACACCAGUCAGUUCACACUGGGGAGUGGCCAUUGAACUGCUCAGAUUGUGGGAAGGGAUUCCCUCGGUUAUCCCAACUACUGGGACACCAGAAAGUUCACACUGGGGAGAGGCCUUUCACCUGCUCAGAAUGUGGGAAGGGAUUCAGUAAUUCAUCCCACCUACAGAGACAUCUGCGAGUUCACACUGGGGAGAAGCCAUUCACCUGCUCGAACUGUGGGAAGGGAUUCAUUCAAUUAUCUGAUCUACAAAAUCACCAGCGAGUUCACACUGGGGAGAGGCCAUUCACCUGCUCAAACUGUGGGAAGGGAUUCACACAGUUAUCAAGCCUACACAGUCACCAACGAGUUCACACUGGGGAGAAGCCAUUCACCUGCUCAGUCUGUGGGAACGGAUUCAGUGAUUCAUCCGCCCUACACCGUCACCAACGAAUUCACACUGGGGAGAAGCCAUUCACCUGUUCAGAAUGUGGGAGGGGAUUCACACAUUUAUCCACCCUACGCAGUCACCAACGAGUUCACACUGGGGAGAGGCCAUUCUCUUGCUCAGAAUGUGGGAAGGGAUUCACACAGUCAUCAACGAAUUCACACUGGGGAGAAGCCGUUCACCUGCUCAGACUGUGGGAAGGGAUUCACGCUGUCAUCUAAUCUACUGAGA